CCGCUACAGCCAGUCCGAGCAGCAUGCCCGGGACUCUAUCAAUGAUGAUCUCACAUCAGCUCUGUUGCCUCCCUAUGGACGUCGUCGCCUCCACUUGCAACCAAAGACGACGCACGCCUACUCGCCGGCAUAUCGUCUCUGCGGUCACGACGACUGUCUUACGCUCUAGGGUAGUCAACGCUGGUGGGACGGUUCUUGCAUCGUCGGGCUCCCUGCAGACCACCCACGACUCGGCGCCACGGGCAGUGGGGAUGCUCGCAAGGCGAACUGGUUGGCACACGAGCGGGUAACCACGACAAUGUAUAGAUUUGCCGCGCUGUCGACGACCGGCGCC